ACCCAGCUCCACCCUGCCUGGUCAUCACUGUUUGCCAGUACAGUUCAUGCCAGGGUUCUGGCUUUUUCUGAGGUCAGCACAGCUCUAAACCAGAUCAUCUUUUCUCUGCACAUUGAGCACUCUACCCAUCAAGACCUCAUGAGGAGAUUAAGCCACACUCGACAGAGUUGAAGCUUCAGUCUCCAGCAAAUUGCCUUUGAGGUUCUGCUUCAUUUUCAAAUGACAAGAUCUGAACUUCAUCAUCAGAUAUUGACAAAAGUAUUUCAAAGAAGACAAGCAGUACCAUUUCCACUGUUGUUAUUCCUGUGUUUGCCUUGCUUCGAUAGGAGAAUUGGGACCGGUGACACUUUCUGCAAUGAAAGGAGCAGAGUGAAUAACCUCAGCUGGCUCCCAGACAUGGCCCUCUCUGUGGACUCUUCUUGGCACCGGUGGCAGUGGCGGGUCAGAGAUGGCCGACCCCCAUCUCCAUCCGAAGUCACACCUCUGCUGUCCCCAGAGAGAGCAAGGCAGAGCUACAACUUGACACAGCAGCGGGUUGUCUUCCCCCAAAAUGGUAUCUUCCACCAAGAAUGGGAAGAGGUCAGCAGGAGAUAUGCCGGCAACAGGAUCUGCACCACCAAGUACACCCUCCUCACUUUUCUGCCCCAGAACCUCUUUGAGCAAUUUCACAGGUGGGCUAACCUCUAUUUCCUGUUCCUGGUGGUUCUGAACUGGGUCCCCUCCAUGGAAGUCUUCCACAGGGAAAUCACCAUGGUACCCUUGACCAUUGUCCUGUUCAUCAUCAUGGUCAAGGAUGGCAUGGAGGACUUCAGGAGACACCGUUUUGAUAGAGAGAUAAACUGCUCCAGGAUCCAGAUAUACGAAAGGAAAAGGCAGAGUUAUGUGCAGAAGUGCUGGCAGGACGUGCGGGUGGGAGACUUCGUCCAGAUGCAGUGCAACGAGAUCAUUCCGGCAGACAUUCUCCUCCUGUUCUCCUCCGACCCCAGCGGGAUCUGCCACCUGGAGACUGCCAACUUGGAUGGUGAGACAAACCUCAAACAAAGGCGCGUCGUGAAAGGCUUCUCACAGCAGAAUGGGCAGUUCCACCCAGAACACUUCUGCAACACCAUCGUGUGUGAGAAACCCAACAACCACCUCAGCAAAUUUAAGGGAUAUAUGGAACAUCCUGACCAGACCAGGACCGGCUUGGGCAGUGAGAGCCUUCUGCUUCGAGGCUGCACCAUCAGAAACACUGAGGUGGCUGUGGGCAUUGUCAUCUAUGCAGGCCAUGAGACAAAAGCCAUGCUGAACAACAGUGGCCCACGGUACAAACGCAGCAAGAUCGAGAGGAGAAUCAACAUGGACGUAUUCUUCUGCAUUGGGCUCCUCUUCCUCAUGUGCCUCACUGGAGCUGUUGGUCACAGCCUCUGGAACAGGACUUUUGGUGAACACCCUCCCUUUGAUGUGCCAGAUGCCAAUGGCAACUUCCUUCCCCUUGCCCUUGGGGGCUUCUACAUGUUCCUCACGAUGAUCAUCCUCCUCCAGGUGCUGAUCCCCAUCUCCCUGUAUGUGUCCAUUGAGCUGGUGAAGCUGGGACAAAUCUUCUUCCUGCACAAUGACCUUGACCUGUAUGAUGAAGAGAAUGACAUGUCCAUUCAAUGUCGAGCCCUCAACAUCACCGAAGACUUGGGUCAAAUCCAGUACAUCUUCUCAGAUAAAACGGGCACAUUGACUGAGAACAAGAUGGUGUUCCGGCGUUGUACCAUCAUGGGCAGCGAGUAUUUGCACCAAGAAAAUGCCAAGCGACUGGAGACCCCAAAGGACCCAGACUCAGACAGUGAAGAGUGGACCCAGUACCGGUGCCUGUCCUUCCCAGCCAAAGGUGCCCAGGGCCCUGUGACAAUGAGAGGCCAAAGGGCAGCCCAGCCUCUGAGACGGAGCCAGAGUGCCCAGGUGCCCAUCCAGCACCACUGCCGGCAGAGGUCCGUGGGGCAUAGUGAAAGCACAGCCCCUCCAGUGCCCUUCAACAGCUUCAUAGAAAAAGAUGUGACUCCAGACAGAAACCUACUGAGCAAGGUGCACCAUGCUGCCCUGUGGCUGGAAACCCUGUCAGACUCUAGACCUUCCAAGACUUAUCUCUCUACCACGGCCACCAUCACUGACUUCUUCCUUGCCCUGACCAUCUGCAACUCUGUCAUGGUCUCCACCACCACUGAGCCUAGGCAGAGGGUCACAGCUGCACCCUCAGCCAAGGCUGUGAGGGUAUCCCUGGAGAAGAUCCAGUAUCUCUUCCAAAAGGUGAAGCUUUCGAGCCUCAGCCAGUCAUUCUCAUCUACUGCGCCCUCUGAUGCUGACCUGGGAGCCAGCGUGCCCACCCCCAGCUCAGAAGAGACGUCUGUGUGCAGCGAAGGCUACUCCAUGGACGGUGACUCUCGGAGCAGCAUGUGGGACCAGAGUGACACCCAGGGGUUCAGCUCAGGUGUCUCCUGGAAGGAGCUUCCAGGAGGCCUGGCCAGGCCGGAGCUCUGCUAUGAGGCCGAGAGCCCAGACGAGGCAGCCCUGGUGCAUGCAGCCCGUGCCUACAGCUUCACACUGAUGUCCCGGACACCUGAGCAGGUGACCGUGCGCUUGCCCCAGGGCACCUGCCUCACCUUCGAUGUCCUCUACACCCUGGGUUUCGACUCUGUCCGGAAGAGAAUGUCAGUGGUUGUGAGGCAUCCCCUGACGGGUGAGAUCCUCGUCUAUACCAAGGGUGCUGAUUCAGUUAUCAUGGACCUGCUGGAAGACCCAGCCUGUGCAAUUGACAGUGAAAUGGAAAAGAAGGUGAGGAAAAUCCGGGCCCAGACCCAGAAGCAUCUCGACUUCUAUGCAAGAGAAGGGCUCCGCACGCUGUGCAUCGCCAGGAAGGUCCUAAGUGAAGAGAACUUCCGACAAUGGGCCAGCUUCCGGAGUGAAGCUGAGGCGUCCCUUGACAACCGAGAUGAGCUUCUAAUGGAGACAGCACAGCAUCUGGAGAACCAACUCACCUUACUCGGAGCCACUGGUAUCGAAGAUCGGCUGCAGGAAGGCGUUCCAGACACCAUUGCUGCUCUGCGAGAGGCUGGAAUCCAGCUCUGGGUCUUGACUGGAGAUAAGCAGGAGACUGCGGUCAAUAUCGCCCAUUCCUGCAGACUCUUAUGUCAGACCGACACAGUUUACUCCAUUAACACAGAAAACCAGGAAACCUGUGAAUCCAUCCUCGAUUAUACAUUGGAAGAGGUGAAGCAAUUUUACGGACCACGGAAGCCAGCCCGCCAGUUCUUCGGGUUCCGCCUGCCUCCAGAGACAACGCCGCCCCCUGCCUUGGGAGCUGUAGUUCCAGAAAUUGGCCUGGUCAUCGAUGGAAAGACAUUGAAUGCCAUUUUCCAGGGAAAGCUGGAGAAGAAGUUUCUGGAGCUAACUCAGUUCUGCCGGUCUGUCCUGUGCUGCCGUUGCACCCCACUCCAGAAGAGCAUGAUUGUCAAGCUGGUGCGAGACAAGCUGGGGGUCCUGACCCUCGCCAUAGGUGAUGGAGCAAAUGACGUCAGCAUGAUUCAGGCUGCCGAUGUUGGGAUUGGAAUAGCGGGACAGGAAGGCAUGCAGGCCGUCAUGUCCAGUGACUUUGCCAUCUCCCGCUUCCGACACCUCAAGAAGCUACUGCUCGUGCAUGGCCACUGGUGUUACUCACGCCUGGCCAGGAUGGUGGUGUACUACUUGUACAAGAAUGUGUGCUACGUCAACCUGCUCUUCUGGUACCAGUUCUUCUGUGGCUUCUCCGGCUCCACCAUGAUCGACUACUGGCAGAUAAUAUUCUUCAAUAUCUUCUUCACCUCCUUGCCGCCACUUCUCUUUGGGAUCCUUGAUAAGGACAUCUCUGCAGAAACGCUGCUGGCGGUGCCUGCUCUGUACAAGAGCGGCCAGAACUCCGAGUGCUACAACCUGUUUACUUUCUGGAUUUCCAUGGCAGAUGCCUUCUACCAGAGCCUCGUCUGCUUCUUUAUCCCUUACCUGACCUACAAGGAUUCUGACAUAGACGUCUUCACCUUUGGGACACCCAUCAACACCAUCUCCCUCACCACAAUCCUCCUGCACCAGGCAAUGGAAAUGAAGACCUGGACCAUUAUUCAUGGCAUCGUUCUCGUGGGCAGCUUCCUGAUGUACUUUGUGGUGUCCCUCCUGUACCACGCCACCUGCGUCGUCUGCAACAGUCCCACCAACCCCUACUGGGUGAUGGAAGGCCAGCUCUCGGACCCCACAUUCUACCUCGUCUGCUUCCUCACACCAGUGGCAGCCCUGCUUCCAAGGUACUUUUUCCUGUCUCUACAAGGGACAUAUGGGAAGUCUCUAAUCUCAAAAGCUCAGAAAAUUGACAAACUCCCCUCGGAUAAGAGAAACCUGGAAAUCCAGAACUGGAAGAGCAGACAGAAACCUGGCCCCAUCCCUGAAGAGGCUCAGCCUACCCACCGGCAAGUGCCACCUGACCCAGGACUGGACUUCCAGGCCAGCACCCCAAAGAGCUCUAGCCCUCCCAGGUGGAAAUGUAAGGAAGAGGGGGCACUAUGUGGAGAGAAAAGCAGCAGAGACCAUGUGAGGGAUUCCCCGUGCUCAGGGGACUCCUCAGCUAAACCCUCCGCUGGGGAACACCUUCUGGGGCCUAGUGAUAUGGCUUCUGGAGCCUACUCACACGGACAAGCCAACAAGAGCCGGCCCUCGAGCAGAGGCAGCCACCGCCGAUCCCAGAGUUCACUGACCAUAUGAGGGGCGGCAGACUUCUUACAGACUCAGAGGGAGCCACCCAGUCCCUGGCCUCAAUGACUCAUGAUUCUUCUUCUCAUGGAGGAGACUUGACUUCCUCAGAGGAGCCCUAGCCCCAAGGGGUUGAGACAAAUGGGAACUGGAAAUCCAUCAACAUGUGUUUUCACUGGCUCCCAGGAAACACAUCUUGCAAACAGCAGUUUAGAAGGAAGCUCUUUUUGAAGUUUUCAGCCCCGAGACCUCCUUCUGACUUUCUAGAUGACAACAGCCUAGGACCCAAGGCAACUAAGCCUUAAGUUUCUAAGAUUCCAAGAAAUGAAUUGAUCCGGGCAAUAUCUUGGGAUGUGGAAAGUUCUGGGUUAUUCAGGCCACUGCCUUACCCCUCAGGGCCAAGAUUUAAAGAACCCCCACACCUUAGUGCUCCAUCUGAACUCUAUGACAGAGCUCAAUCUGCCUGUUGUCUCUAAGUCAAAGAAGAAUCACUCUGAAGAUUUCAAACUAAAUUUGAACUCAGUGCCACAGAAGCGCAGAGAACAGAGCAUGCUAAAGGGAAUUGGUAGACCAGAAACCCUCUGCUUCAGCUAAUUGACUGUAGUCUGGGGAAGGUACUGAGAGGACAUGGGCAGCACUUUCUCUAGCUAUUUAUUUAUUUUUAAAAUCAAAGUGCCUGUCCUCGUUCAGUUCUUAGAACAGGAAAACUAAGGUCAGGAGAUCUUAGCACAUGAGCUAAGAAUAGACCUAUAGGAUAGAGCAACUCUCAGCUCAAACAAGAACAUCUCAAAGGGUAGGGCCAAUGUUAACACUGUGUUUAUUGGGCUUAUCCCAGAGUAUCACCCUGUGCACAACACUAGCACAUACUUCAGUUUAAUUAGGUAGAGUCACAGUAAACCCCACUUCACCAGGAAAAGGAGAACAGUGUAGCUAACUCCUGCCAAGAGGUCAUAAGUAAAGAACUAGAAGAGCUCAAAACAGCCUUGUAAUAAAAGAAUAGAUGAUAGAAUUGUUUGCCAAGAGAAACUAGGUCUACUAUGGCCAGGAUGACGCAUCCCUGGUCUUUUUAUGGUAAGUCAAAGAGGGUUACUGAGCCAUCCUUCCUUACAGUCAAGUCCCUAUAUGUUAGGGGUUGGAUGUGACAAGGCUUUAAGGCUUAGUUGACUUAUCACUAGAAUUACUACUUAGCAAAGAUUCCCAAAAAGAUCUCAAUUGUCAAGUUGGCAACUGGCUGCUGAUCUGGAGGGGACAUUUGGGGCAUUAUCGUGGAACCAGUACACUGAAUCAUUUCCAGUGACCCUGCCGCUGAAUGAUGCCAGCACUAGCCAGGCAGAGGUCAUUCAGGGACUCCUACAGUAGAGCUGCAAGAGAAGAGCAGCAAAGCAGUAAGAAUAUGAAUUGUCCCAAAUGACUGGAUGGAGCCAAAAUUCAGAUCUCAGGGAUACCCCUUUCUCCAUGCAAUGCCUGCCCACUCCUGAAAGCCAGAUGAGACUGGUAGGGUGGUUCAGAAAAGAACACAGUAGUGGGAAGCACCAUAGCCUUGGGAGGUCUGGAUUUGCUCUGCCCCAUACUCGCUAGGGGCCAGAGCCCUUGGAGCAAGAUACCACACCUCCCAAGCUUGGCAUAAAGAUAGGGACAUGUGAAAGUAGCACUAUCAAUUAUACCACAGAGCUGAGGGGGGAAAUGUGGUGGGGAAGUUGAGGAAAUGUCUGACUACUGUACCUAAAUCCCAAACCACACCCAGCACUGUGGGGCUGCUCUCUUGCCUGCACGACUCAUCUUUCCAGUUUGCCUGGGACUUUCCCAGGUUUAGCACUGAAAGUUCCUCAGCCUGGGCAACUCCUCAGUCCUGGGCCAGUUGGGACAACUGGUCACCUACUCAUGUCCCUCUUUCUAUACCAACUGUGACAGCCCAGUGUGCCACCUUAGAGGGAAAGGAUAUAACAACUGUCUCCUUCCCCUACAACAAUGUUAGUGAUUGUAUUCAGUACACUUUUAUACUUUUAUGAAUUUUACUGAGUGACUGGACAUGUCAUCUUUUAUUAGAAGAAAAAAAAAAUAAACAUGGUUUUGUCAUA